AUGUCGAAUGCUCUUCGCGUAGUCUCUGACUCAAUCCCCGAGCACGAUCCGGUGUUUCCACCUCCCCAUAAACGCCCUCCCAUCCACGAUUUUGCUCCAAACGACAUUCCUGACAUUUCCUCAUCGCAUCCAGUCAGAAUUGGCGACCUCCUCCACUGGUUGGCCAAUACCAUCGUGUCGCGUCUUCCUGACCCAAAACCAGAGAAAAAUAACCCUACUACCCCUUCGAGCCACCACCACGCUCGCCCUUACAGCUUUGUAGAAUUCCAAUCCCCUCCUCUGCACCUGACGCCGGAGCUGCUUGCCGCUCCCAUCACAAUUCAUACUCUCGAUCUAUCCAGACAAUUCCAAGACAGGCUCAUCGACGGGUACGAUGAGGGGAGAUUCACAACACGCAUAGUGGCACCAUUAGUUGGCACCAUGGUUGCAAUCUUUUCCGCCGUCGCGGGCUUUGCGCGCUGGCAAAUCGAGACGGGGACUUUGGAGGAGUACGAACCUGGCAAAACGCUGGAGCUCGACGUUGUCCUGUAUCACAAAGGAGGCCUGGUCACUGCCGUCGAGAUGAAGACGCCAAGGUCUUGCAAUGAUCCGAAUAUCAAAUCGUUUCGCUCUGAUAAGCCAUCCAACAUGCACAAGAAAGCUAAAGAGAUUUGUGAUCACGUUGGAAAGCAAGGGAAGUAUCUUAAAAGUUUCUCUCCUAUGAAACCCUUCGUCCUGCAUGCACUUUCCGUCGCUCCAGGACACUUGAUCCCUCUAGCGUCAAACGGAAGUCGUCGCUUUGCGAAGGGGUCCGACGUAAUGGACGUCUCUGGGAACUUCCCCGACGCCGUGCGAGACGUUCGUAACUGGCUUGAUUACAUCGACAGACUCGCCGCCUUCACUCUGGCGAUGGUCUGCCAUCACGACGAGGACGCUGCCAAAGAGAUUGGUAGCCGUUUCCCGGAACAGCAGAAGCAGAUUGAUGAACUUUACGCGGCUGCCGAUGGUGCUCUCUCUCCCGCUGCUGCUACUGGCUCAGAGACUGCAGUGGUUCCGUCCGAUCAGCAGCCUCAAGCCGAUGCGAUCUGGCUCUCUCUUGGGCUUGAACUGCCAGAAGCGUCCUCCGUCUACGAGUCUCAUGAGAACAUUGUCUACGUACAUUCUCGCUGGGGUAUCAGAUUGGUCAUCAAAGUCUUCGGCGAGGAAUCGUCGUACGCGAAAGAACUACUCUCUUAUCAACGUCUGGAGAAGCUCCAAGGGAAGGGAAUUCCCGUUCUGUACGCCACUGGCACCAUGAAUGCCCGUCCAUGCCUCGUGCUGUCAUACGAAGGCGAGAGACUCCGCGAAGGUCCCACCGAAGAACAGAAAGCCACUCUUUACCCGGUUGUAAAGGCGAUGCACGAUCUAGAUAUCCACCACCACGACCUCCAUCGGCGGAACGUCGUUCAAAACACCAGCGGAAAGCUCACCCUAAUCGAUUUUGGUCUCUCGGAACCUUGCACUAGGGAUGGCUGCGAAGACGAGUGGCAGGCGGACGAGUGGUAUUGA